CCCCAGCCCCUCCGAUGGCUUCCCAAAUUUGACCUAGCUACAUACAUGCACGGGCCUAUAUCUUCUUCAAAACCAUUCCAAAAGUCAGCAUCAUCUAGUUUCCUAAUCAUCCAUCAAUUCUGGCGGAAAGCGUUUUCUGAUUCUUGUUUGGGUUAAUUCUUUGGAGGUCAAGGGUUAAGUGAUUAUGUUUAGGGUUUCAGCAUAGAUGAUGGUAGAUUCAGUAAUUAGUGGGUUUUUGCUAUUAUUAUGUGCGAAUUAUAUGGGUAGAGAAUGCCGGAGCUGCGCAGUGGAGUACGCCGUGCCCGUGCUCCUGUAGUUGAAAAGAAGAGAGGCGGCAGGCCCAAGAAGCGAUCGGAACAUUUGGUUGGUAAUUACGUUAAGACUCGAGCGGCUGCAGCUAGGGAGGCGGCCACGGCUGUGGUUGAGAUCAAGCAAGAAAAAAAGCUGCGGCGGCAGACUAACAAGAGAAAAGAAGGUUUAGCAACAAAGGCGGUGGUUGUGAUUUCUGAAGCGGAGGAGGACAAACAAGACGCACAAGAAAAAGUCAAAGAAGUAGCAAUGGCGGAUGCUAGCGGUGGUUUGAGCGCUAACAAGGUUACCGGCCAGGAAGAGGAGGGGAAUACUGCCCCUUUUCCUGAUAGGGUUCAAGUAGGUGGAUCACCUCAAUAUAAGGUUGAAAGAAAGUUAGGCAAAGGUGGGUUUGGUCAGGUAUUUGUAGGUCGUCGUGUUUCUGGUGGAACUGAACGCAUAUCAGGUCCCGGUGCCAUGGAGGUAGCUCUUAAGUUUGAGCAUAGAAACAGCAAAGGCUGCAGUUAUGGUCCUCCAUAUGAGUGGCAAGUUUACAAUACUCUUGGUGGCAGUCAUGGAGUGCCUAAAGUUCACUAUAAAGGAAAACAAGGAGACUACUAUGUGAUGGUCAUGGACAUGCUGGGGCCUAGUUUGUGGGAUGUCUGGAAUUCUUCUGGGCAAUCGAUGUCAUCAGAAAUGGUAGCUUGUAUAGCUGUGGAAUCUUUGUCGAUUUUGGAAAAGAUGCAUUCAAGAGGUUACGUACACGGAGAUGUAAAGCCAGAGAACUUUUUGCUUGGUCAACCAUCAACAUCUCAAGAAAAGAAACUAUUUCUUGUUGACCUGGGGCUAGCAACAAAGUGGCGAGAGAGUGCUAAUGGUCAACAUGUUGAUUAUGAUCAGAGGCCUGACAUGUUUAGAGGAACGGUUAGAUAUGCUAGCGUGCAUGCACACCUGGGAAGGACAGCCAGUAGAAGAGACGAUCUAGAAUCUCUGGCGUAUACACUUGUAUUUCUUCACCGCGGUAGACUGCCUUGGCAAGGGUAUCAGGGGGACAAUAAAUCAUUUCUAGUUUGCAAGAAGAAAAUGGCCACAUCUCCUGAAAUGUUGUGCUGCUUCUGCCCUGCUCCGUUAAAGCAAUUUCUUGAGAUAGUUGUGAACAUGAAGUUUGAUGAAGAGCCUAACUAUUCCAAGCUCAUAUCUUUGUUUGAGGGCUUGCUAGGCCCAAAUCCUGCCAUAAGGCCAAUAAAUACCGAUGGUGCUCAAAAGAUUAUAUUUCAAGUUGGCCAAAAACGAGGCAGAUUGAAUCUUGAUGAGGAAGAUGAUGGGCAACCUAAGAAGAAGGUCCGGAUGGGAGUUCCUGCGACACAGUGGAUUUCUGUUUAUAAUGCCAGGCAACCCAUGAAACAGAGGUACCAUUACAAUGUUGCGGAUGGAAGACUGGCACAACAUGUUGAGAGGGGAAAUGCAGACGGCUUACUUAUUAGUUCGGUGGCCUCUUGUUCCAACUUGUGGGCUCUUAUAAUGGAUGCUGGAACUGGCUUCUCAAGCCAAGUUUAUGAACUGUCUCCUUUCUUUUUACAUAAGGAAUGGAUUAUGGAACAAUGGGAGAAGAACUAUUACAUCAGCUCCAUUGCUGGUGCUAACAACGGGAGCUCUCUUGUGGUGAUGUCAAAAGGGACCCAGUAUUCUCAACAAUCUUACAAAGUAAGCGAGUCGUUCCCUUUCAAGUGGAUAAACAAGAAGUGGAGAGAAGGAUUCCAUGUGACGUCAAUGGCAACAGCAGGAACACGAUGGGGUGUUGUGAUGUCUAGGAAUGCUGGGUUCAGUGAUCAGGUGGUGGAGCUGGAUUUUCUGUAUCCAAGCGAGGGGAUCCAUAGACGAUGGGAUAAUGGUUACCGUAUCACAUCUACUGCUGCUACUUGGGAUCAGGCGGCUCUCAUCUUGAGUGUUCCCCGCCGUAAACCAGGGGAUGAAACACAGGAAACUUUACGAACAUCUCAGUUUCCAAGCACACAUGUCAAGGAGAAGUGGGCAAAGAAUUUAUAUCUUGCUUGUGUUUGCUAUGGAAGAACAGUCUCUUGAGCCAUUUAGAUGAUGGGGGGGAAGGAGGAAGAAGCCAUUUUUAUCUUGUUUUCUUUAACUGUGCUGGUGACUUCUGUAAUGGUAAAAGAAUUGAUGUUAGGUUUUUUUUUCUUUCCAGAAGUAGAUGUCUUACUGUUGUAAAAGCAUUGUAUUUAAUUUUGAAGCUGUAUAGUUGCCUCCUUCCUCUA